AUGGAGCUAGACUAUUCAAGCAAUGAUGAAGAAGAUAUUUAAUUUGAUAACUAAAUUUCAAGACAGUAAGUAGGUUAACAAAUGAGAUUUGUUCAUGAAGACAAACUAAAGAACUUUUGCUUAGAUGAUAACAUAUUACUAUUGCUAAAAUUCUUAAAUGAAAAAUAUCCAGAUGUAGAAUGUAUGACUCUUUUUAAUCUCAUAAAUGAAUAAAUGAUGUUAGAAAGUGAAUCUACUAUAAGAUAAAUAUAACCAUUAUAUUAAGCAACCCUACAAGAGUAUAAAAAUUAAAAAUUUGAAAAAGCAUAAAUAGAAAUCAGUAGAUUGUUUAGAGCGAUUAAUCCUUUGAACUUCCAAAAAAUAUGUGAUGAGGUAAGUGAAUCCUACAAUUCUAGUAAAGAAAUGAAUAACUUGGAGGUUGUUAUGAAUUUUGGAAACACAGGGGUUGGAAAGAGUACUUUCAUUCACUACUUAGCAGGAUCAAAAAUUAAUAAGACAAUCAAUAAAGAAGGGCUAAAUCACUGGGAGCCCACUAAUCCUUUAUACAAAGCUUUAGAUCGCGUUAUUUCUAAACCAGAUGCCAAAUCAGAAACAAAGUUUGUCACUCUUGUUAAAAUCAAACCUUCAGACUAAGAAGGAAAUGAGUUUGGUGAUGAUGAUGAAAUUAACUUAUGCGAUACUCCUGGUUUUUUGGAUUCAGAAGGAUUAGAAGCAGAGAUUUCAAAUCUAACUGGAAUUCAUAAAUGUAUUUCAGUUUGCAAGAGCAUAAAACCUAUUGUGUUAGUUAGUGAAGAAGAAAUCUCUAAUAGAAGUUAAGGAAUAAAAAAUCUAGCAAACGUUAUUAAAAAAAUGGUGAAUCCUACAUAAAAUUUUCAAUAAAUAAUUGGAAAAUUCUUAUUUGUCUUCUGUAAAUUUUAAAAUGAGAAUAAUAAGUAGCAACUUCACAAUAAACUCAAAAAUAUUUACAAAAAUUUAAAUGAUGAUUAAAAAAAAGAUUAAGAAUUUUAAUAUGUGCUUAAAACUAUGUUAUAAUAAACUUAAGAUGAAAAAAACAUAGUUUUCUUUGAUCUCACUAUUCAAAUGCCAAAGGAAGCUUUUACUUGCUUUUUUACAUCUGAAGCAGAAACUUCCAUUUCUCAGUAGUUAAAAUAAGAUCAAAAUUUAUCAUCUAUAACUAAUUAAUGGGAAUAAAAUGUUACUUUAGUUGAUGAAUACAUAAAUAGCGAAAUUUAAAAUGUAGAUUUAUUUAUUGACCAAAUUAUUAAUCUCAAGAAGAUAGAUGAAUAAUAAGUAACUAACUUUUUAAAUACUAAAUUAGAACUUUCUAAAAUAGAUAUUUUAUAUGAACUUUUACCUUAAGCUGAAAAUUUGGUGAAAAAAUUAAAUGGAGCAUUAUAAAGAGCUAUUGCAGCACUACUUGAAAAUGUGAAGUUGGAAUUGAUUUCAUACAAAUAAAAUAAUGUAAAUGAAUAUUACUAGAAGCUGUUAUUUUUAUCAGAUGUGAUUAAAGAUGAAAAAUCCAUUCAUUUAUUUAUUGCUUAAGUGAUGGAGAACAUUUCAAACCAAAUGAAAAAGUCAGAAAUCUUUUUGUAACAAGACAACUUUGUUGGUUUUUUCGAUGAGAUGCAAUAAAUUAUCAACUAUAUAGAGAGUUGCCCAUUUUUACCUGCUAAUCAUGUUAAAGAUUAAAUUGUUAAGACUUUUGAUUCGGUUAUUUAAGUUAUAGAAAACUUAAAGCAGACAAUCUUUGAUAAAAUAAAAUAAUUAACAGCAAAGACAAUUGAAUAACAUAAAACAGAUAUACAAAAUGCUAAAGAAAAAAUUCAAUUUAUUCUCUAAGAAUUCAAAAAAUCUAAAUUAAAUGAUGAAAUUUGUAAAGAAAAGAUAAAUAUUUUUUAAAAUUAAUACAGAGAACAAAUAGAAAGAGAAUACUAAACUCUUGAGGAAAAAAUCAAAGCUGUGAUAAACGAGGAUUCAAAUGAGAAUGAACAUAUUUAAUAAAAGUGGAUUUUCAUUUUGCAGCAACUGAAAAUAUUAGAUGAAUUAGAAUGUACUCCUUAAAAUUAAUUCUGUUUUGCUAGUUUACUCUCUGAUACCUAUGUUAAGAAUAAACUUAAUGUUCAAAAUCUUAAAAAUGGAUUAGAGCAAUAGUUAAGUAACCUUCAUCUUCCUAAAAUACUAGAGACUUAUAAAUAGCUUUAUGAAUAGACUAUGUAAAAUAAAGAAAAUAAAGAACAUCAAAUGAUUUUGAAUGAUUUAAAGUUUUAGCUUGAAAAUGAAAUGAAAAAAAUCAUAACAUAAAUUUAGUAAUACUCUGAUAAGCUCAAAUAAAUUGUAACUUAUUCGCCUAUUAGCAACCAACUCAAAGAGUAAAUGGAUAAUGCAAAUUAAAUUAUAAAUUUAUAUAAGCGUUUCAAUGAUUAUGUUUAUCAUUUUAAGGAUUAUUUGGAUGUAGAUAAGCUUAAGUCUUAGAUUGAAUAGGUUAAUAACAGCGUUAACUAAAUUGCUCAUGAAGGACCCAAAAAAAUUAAAUAAACAUUUAAUAACAAUAAUUUCAAAGAAUCUAAUGAUUAAUAUAAAUUUAUGUUAGAAAUUUUUAAAAUCCUUUAACAAUAAUUUUAAAUAGAUGAAGAAUUCAAUAAAUUAAGAUAAAUAUAAGAAAACUGCUUCCAAGAACUUUAAUAAAAAGUUGAAAAUUUAAAGUUAACUAACUCAAAAGCAUAAAGAUUUGAUUUGAAUUCAAUAUGUAGCAAAUUAGAGAAGGUAGAAGAUGAUGAUAUUUAUUAAAAUUUUUCUAAAUUGCUUUAAGAAAUUUUCUAGAAAAAACUUGUAGAUAUGCUGAAUGAUGUAAGAGACAAGUCAUUAAACUAACAAGAGGAGGUUAUCAGAUAAGUUUAAUCUUUCUUUGAUUAUGUUCCUAAGGAAAUGAUAAAAUCUCUGAAAUAAUUAAUAGAAGACAUUAUAAACUCUGAUAAAAUAUAAGAAGAAAUCGAAAGUUGCUUUAAACAAAAAUGCUAUAAAGGACUUAGGAAGCUAUAAUAAACUCUAGCUGAUUCGAGCUUUUAUAAGCCAUUUAAAAUCAAGCUUGAGGAAUUCAUGGAAAAAGAAAUAGAAAAUUCUCAUAUGAAAAUAAUAUCUAAUUGCAAAGAAUACAACAAUUUUGAGAAAAAUCUUCAGACUUUAAUUAGUAUUGGUGCUGAAACAAACUAAGAAUAUUAACUUUUAGUAGAAGAAAAAUUAAAUAAUGUUUUUGAACAACUAUUUUGUGAUCAAAUUAAAGAAGCUGAAAAGUUAAUACAAAAUAUAUUGAAUCAAAAAAUUAGUAGCCAUUAAAAAUCUAUAGAAUUUUUUUCUCAUUAUUGCUUAUUGUGCAAUUCUUUGCAAAAGGUUUAUGGCAAAUUAUAAGAAUAAGAGUUGAAGCUUUUAAAAGGACUUGAUUUUUUCUAUGUGUUUGAAAAGAUUUAAGAAUAAAAAUCAAAAGUUACUAACAAUAUAAAACAAAGAGUAAAGUAAGUUAAAAAUUCUGAGGACGAUCUUACUUGUUUAAAGGAUUAAUUUAAUAUUAUUUACUAACUUUAAAAUUUUGAUGGUGACUCAUAUCAUGAAUUAACAGAACAUUUGAAUUCUAAGCAGUAAAAAUUGGAGAAAUAGAUGGAAUAAAUUAUCUUAAAGAAUGUUAAUGCAUUUAAAAUUUAGAAAGAGUAUGAAGAUUACUACCAAUCUUUUUAAAAAGGCUUAUAAAAUGCUAAAGAAAUGUAAAACAUUAUGCAGCAAUUCAAUUUUAGCACUCAACAAAAAAAAUUAUUUGAGAAUUUGCUAUCAAAAUUAAAUUAAACUGUUGAAUCAAUAAAUUUAAAUCUUAAAUAGUGCUUUUAAGGUGAUAUUUUUGAUGAUGGUGUUGUUAAAAGUAUUAACAACAUUUAUUUGAAUUCGAAAUUUAUAGAUUAAUAUUUUUCAUCUUUGGAUUAUGUAAAAACUCGUAUUGAUGAGAGGUUUGUGCAAUCUGAAUUUUUACUGUAAAUUUAAAAGUAGUUUACAGAACCAACAAAAAUUGAUAAAAUAGAAUUAGUUACUGAGUAUAUUUCUAAUAUGCAUAAAAUAUCUUCAACUUACAUCUACAUGGAAAAAAUCAAAACAGAAUGCAAUGAAAAGAUUAACUAAGCAUUAAAAAAUUAUAAAAAUUCUAAUGGAUCUUUAGAAAAGUUAUAAAUUCAAUUAAAAAAAUCUAAAUAUGGCGAUUAAGUAGCACAAAAUCAUCCUUUUUUCAAAGGUUUUUAGAUUAGCGAUACAAAUUAAAGAAUACAACGGUUUGGUAUUGAUCAAGUCAUGGAAUAAAUUAAGGGCUAUUCUGGUAUUGAUAAAAAAGAUGACUUAAACAGAAUUUAACUAAAAGAAUUUUACCAAAAAUUUGUAGAUAGUUACAAUCAAUAUUUAUAAAAAUAUUUAACUUCUUUUGAGAAAAUUAAUUUUAUUGACCUCUUGAAAGAAAUAUAAAAUUCAGUCAAUAGAAUCGGCACAGAUGUGUUUAUUAAAACAGGAAAAAUAGAAUAAACAUCUUUGAAUAUAACUACUGAACUUUUAGCAGGUAUUUUCUGUUGCUGGACUUGUAUAAAUUCAAAAUAUUAUUUUGAAUCAAUAGAUUAAUCAUAUGAAAACAGGUAAAGCUUUUUGUUAAAACCUCAUCCUGCUUAAAUAGUUGCAAUUUUUAGGCUUUUAGGUAUAGGCUACUCCAAAAGUUAUUAUUUAAUAUAAUCUAACAGUUUAGCUUAAAUCUUGACUGGUGAGGGGAAAUCUGUCAUUUUGGCUGCUCUGGCAUGCUUUUAUUCUCUUUGUGGAUUUUCUGUUAAGUGCGCUUGCUACAGUAAUUAACUAAGUGUUAGGGAUUACGAAGAAUUCUCGCUUUUGUUUGAAAAGUUAAAAAUUAAAAAUUAGAUUAUGUAUGGAACAUUCAACAAGGUCUGCGAAGAAAUAUUAAACCAAAGAGGAGAUAUUAGAGAGCAAGUUUCAAGUUAUAUCUAAGCAGAUAAUAUUAAUUGCUCAAAAACUUCAGAUAUCAGGAAAUAGGUUCUCCUGAUAGAUGAAGUAGAUGUUUUUUUUAGUAAAGACUUUUUUGGAAAUAAUUAUGACAUAGUGGCACCAAUCUAGGGCCCUGCAGUUGAAAAAUUACUUGAUAAAAUAUGGAGUGAUAAAUUUGAUCCAAAUUUUAGUUUUAAAACUAUUUCUGAGUCUCGAGAGUAUAAAAUCUGCAUAGCUCAAUUUCCUAAAUGGGUUGAAUUAAUCACAGAAUAAACAAAAAUUGUUAUUUCUGAUUUUAAAAAUUUCAAUAAUGUUAUUAUUGAAAAUUACAAAAUUUAAAAUGAUAAAAUUUAUUAUAAAAAUUAAGAUUAAUAUCUUGAUAAUAUUUCAUAUGGAUAUAGAACUUUGUAUACCUAUUAUCAGGAAAAUUAGAACUCAAAAAUUUCUAAUGUAGGCCUUUAAAAAUAAAAACUCUUCAAAAUUAACAGCGGAAGUUUUAGCUAUUCAGAGCUACCUAAAAAGUUUUUCAUAAUUAAUGGUGUCACUGGAACUUUAGAAACUUUAAGUAGAAGCCAACUGGAAUUAAUACAAAAUACAUAUAAUAUGAAAUAAUAAACUUUUAUACCAUCAGUGUAUGGAAAGAGUAAAUUUUAAUUUAACCCCCAAAAAGAUGUGAAAGUAGUUUUGUAAUAAGAGUAUUACAAUACUAUCACAAAUGAAAUAAAUAGGAAUAUAGUUGGAAAAACUGAUUAAAAAAGAGCAGUACUAGUUUUCUUUAAUACCAAAGACAUCUUGCUUGACUACUACAAUAGUUAAUAGUUCAAAACCUUAAAAUAAUAUUCAUAGACUUAAAUUAUGACAGAAGAAAACUCAAUUGAAGAAAGAAAGAAAAUUAUAAAAGAUGCAACAUACUCUGGUGCAAUCACUUUGCUGACCAAAAUUUUUGGUAGAGGUAUAGAUUUCUAAGUUAAUGAUUCUAUCAUAUUUUAAAAUUAUGGAAUUCAUGUUAUUCAGACUUUCUUUUCUCAGGAUAAGUCUGAAGAGACCUAGACAAAAGGAAGGACAGCAAGAUAAGGUGAAGAAGGUUCUUUCAGCAUGGUUCUUCAAUAAGAUACUCUUUAGGCUUUUCUUAAAACAGAAGUAGAUAAAAAGAAAAUUGAGAAACUUGAUGAAAUAUAUGAAGUCCUUGAUAGAAAUCGUCAGGUUAAUUUCGAAAAUGACUUUAAAAGUAAUAUAGAAUAUAAUCAAAAGACCUCUAUUACUAGUCAUAAAUAAUCAGAGAACUUCUUAAACUUUUUAAAAGAUCGUAAUUUAUAUGAAGUUAAAAAAUACUUAUUGAAAUUGAAUUAAGGCCCAAAAGAAUAAAUUUAUUUUAAAACUCUGAUUGUUAUGGAUGUUACAGGAUCAAUGGGUAGUCUCAUCACUUAAACUAAAAAUAUUAUUUAGACAACUUUUGAAUAAACUAGAGAUAUCUUAAAGGAAAAAGGAUAUGAUCCAUAAUGUUUUUUAAUCAUGAUAAGCUGUUUUAGAAGUUAUAAUAGCAAAUGGGAAGAGAUAUUCUAAACUUCAACUUGGGAAAACAAUCCAGAUAAUUUAAGGUCUUUCUUAUAAACAAUAACAGCAUAUGGUGGUACAUACCCAGGAGAAUCUGUAGAAGUAGGGUUAUGGUGGGCUAACAAAAAAAAUGAUGAAGACCCAAUUAGCCAAGUAAUAAUUUUAGGGGAUUAGCCUGCACAUCUAUAGAAUGAAGCUUAAGAGUUUAGAAAUUAAUUUGGAUAGAGUUAUUGGGAAACUACUCCACUAAAAGGACUAACUUAUUAUGUUCCAGAGUGUUAAAAACUUAACACAAAAAAUAUUCCUGUAAAUACAUUUUACCUGCACUAAGGAGCAAAAAGUACAUAUGAAGAUAUUGCAAAAUUAACAAAAGGAAUUUGUGAAUAUCUUGAUAUAAAUUCUGCUUAAAGCUCAAAAAAAUUAACAAAUUUGUUUGUAGAAUAAAUUUUAAAAGAUGUUGGAAAGCAAGAUGGUCGUAGCAACGAACUAAUUGCAGCAUACAAAGCCAAAUAUUCUUGA